AUGACCCCGGCCCACCCCACUAACAUGCUCGAGGAUUCCUCUUCCCAGCUUUGCAAGCCAUGCUAUCAGCUCAAGAGUCGGAUACUGGGGCCCAAGAAGCCAGAAAAGGGUCCAAAGUUAGAAAACGAGUAUAUACUGCAUGCAAACUACCAGCAACUAUCGGACUGUGUCGCUUGUCCACUGUGCCAGUUCAUCCGCCGAGAGCUCCUCUACAUCAAGGAGCGAGAUGGACACUACCGAUUCGCGAACGCGUCUUCCUUCUCGCGUGAGGCGGUCAUUUCUGCUCUGGUGAAUUGGGGUGUCAAGAUCUUUCAGCAUCGCGAGCGGUAUGCCGGCUUCAAGAUCAGAGUGGAAGGUGAAGAUGCGUUGAAGUACGAUGACCCCGUUGUUGACGAUCGAGGUAUCGAGACCGGACAGCGAGAGAUUUUACGCCCGGGAAAUUUUAACGAUAGGGUGAGAAGCUGGAUGGAGAGCUGUCUCGGGCAACAUCCUAACUGUGCGAAAGCGGAGGAUCAAUUUCGCCCUACUCGCUUGCUCGACUUGGCCGCUGGUGACGGCGGGAAUGAGAUUCGCUUGAUCCUUUCGGAUCGAUUUAUGUCCAAGGUAAGGACCCGGCUUGAUCACUAUGCAACACUCAGCUACUGCUGGGGCCCCCCGGGACUGAAUGCUACAACGACGCCGGACAAUCUCGAGGCGAGGCAGCGUGGAAUAUCUCUCGAGGACUUGCCGAAAACUGUUCGGGAUGCAGUUCAAGUUUGCAGAGAGUUGAGCAUACGCUUUCUCUGGGUAGAUGCUCUUUGCAUUAUUCAAGGGGAUGGGGAUGACUGGGACAGAGAAUCUGCUUUCAUGGGGCAGAUUUACAGGCGGUCCCUCUGUACUAUUGCUGCUUGUCUGGGCGAUGAUUGCACUGUCGGCUUGUUUGGACGCCGCGAGGCAGCUCGGCUACCUGCUUGUCAGGUCAAGUGUGCCGACAAGGGAAACGCAGGUCGGUUUUUUAAACUGGCGCCUCAGAUUGAUCACUGGUACACCAGCGUGGAGCUAUCCACGCUCAGCACACGAGGCUGGGUCAUGCAAGAGAGGCUUCUUGCCGUGCGAACAAUCUUCUUCACCGAAGAGGGCGUGUUCUGGCAGUGCUCGGAGGGAUCGAGCUCCGAAUUCAUGGAAAAUGUUGAGACGAACUGGGCAGACAGGUUUACUCCGCAACCAGCGAAACCACGAUUCGUCGACCUCGUCAGGGAUUGGCGUGCGGAUGCCCAGGAGUUCGACUUCAAGCCAACGGGCAAGAUUACCACUGACACAAUCCCGUUCUUCGCUUGGAAGCAUACCAGGAGCCGAAAGGUGGAGGCCAGACCGUGGCACAACCUCGUCUACGAAUUUACCCGCAGGAACCUCACUCAGUCACGCGAUCGAUUGAGCGCCGUGCAAGGUAUCGCCAACGAGUUUGCCGCAUCGACCAAUGAUGUCUACGUCGACAACGCCGGCGUCUGGAAGUCGGACAUUCUCGGUGGCAUAGCCUGGUACCGACACUGGGAGCAAGCCUCUGCGCCACUCGCCAUCGCCCCUUCCUGGUCAUGGGCUUCCACCACCGGCGCCAUCGUCAGCAUGUACAACCGCACCCAGCACGUAGUCAACAUCGCCGCCGUGAACUGGGCCAAGACAUCUCCUCUCAAGACGUCCCGCCACCAGCGCAGUAUCUCCAUCUCAGAGCUGCACAUCAAAGGAUACGCAUUUCUGAUCAAGACAUACCCACCACACCCCGGUUCCGACAGCAGGAUCUUCAGCGCCGUCGACUCCUCCUCCUCCUCCUCCUCCGCCUCGGCACCGCCCCCUCCCCCUCCCCAGCCAAAAGGACUGCGCAAAUUCUUCAACCCGAAACCCGACUUCGACCGGCUAAGCGGCAUCAAGAGCGCCAGCGGGAUGGGCCGCACUCUCGGCUGGAGCGGUCCCGCCUCCAAGGUGCGGAAAGACCACGGCGAGGUCAUCUUUGACUCGUCGGCGAUGAAUCCUCAGGCCGGCACCGAGUUCCUGUGUAUGCCGAUCGUGGGCGUGGGCAUGAAGGCGCCUUCGCCGCAGGUGUUCCCUGCUGGGCUGGUGCUCGUCGUUGUCGACGACGCGGCGAGAAGGAAGGUGUACCGGCGCGUUGGGUGGUGCUUUCUGUGGGCCGCGAUUCCGGACGAGAGGGUGACGGAGGUGGAGGUUGUGGUUAUCUGA